UAAAAUGUCCAUAAUAUAAUGACUUAUUUAUAAUGUCCUAUACAUAAUUUCCAUAUAGAAAUAAUUAAUAUCUUGAUACACAGGUGAAAAAUGGUGCAUUAGUUCAAUAAAUGUUUAGCCUAUAUUUUACUAAUGUCAGAGAUGAUAGAUGUUUGGACUGAUCAUAGAACAGCUGCUGUUAUUGACAUGUUGCUCCUUCUUAAAAUCUGAUGUCCUAAUUUAAAAAUGUUUGAUAAAAAUGUUUAAAUGUUUGGUCCACACUAAUAAAGUAGUUUGAUAAAAUGACUCGUCUGAGCAAUGAUCACAAAUUAGCCCUCAUCUCAGCCCUAAAAUAUGAACUUAACAUCAGUUGACUGAAAUUAUUUAUAUCCAGCACAGAUGUUUUUAAUUCAAUUUGAAACAUUUACAUUUUAUUAAUAACAUGUUGAAACAGUUCAUCAUCAGGUCUCCAACAUGCCUCACUCUGCUUCCAGUCUCUGUGCUAAGCUAGGCUAACAGUUCCCCCUGCUUCCAGUCUCUGUGCUAAGCUAAGCUAACAGGUUCCCCCUGCUUCCAGUCUCUGUGCUAAGCUAAGCUAACAGGUGGUGGAUUCCUCUGACUUUGGGACAAACAGCUGAUGGAGGGUUCCUCCAACACUUCCAGUCUGAGCUGGUGUCCAGCUGCUGGUCUAAACUGGGAGCUCCCCCCUUCCCCUCCUCUCUCUCUGUGGCCCCUCCCAUCUCCUCCCCCCUCUGUCUUUCCACACAGACGACCAGCAGCCAGACUGAUCGGAGGAUGUUGUCGUCUCCACCUACCACCUCCCACCCCCCCUCCUCCAACCCCCCUGCUCCCCCUCAGACAGUGACCUCUGACUCCCGCCACGCUACCAUGGAAACCUACUGGAGAGAAGUGCGAAGCAUCGAGGAGGAGAAGGAGGGAGAAGAACAAGAUGAAGAAGAAGAGGAGAGGAAGAGUAUGGACGAGGUGGAGCUGGAGGAGGCGUGGCUGACGGAGGCAGGGUUAUCCUCCCUGGUGAUGGGCUCGUUGUCAGAGGAGGCAUCGCCACCGCCUGCCGAGGCGCUGCUGUCAACAUUGACACAGCAGCAAGCUGCCACAGUGAAGAAGAGGCUGGACAAUUACAACGAGACGCUGAAGAAGAGAAACAGGCAGCCAAUCAGAGACGUCCGGGACAUCUUCAGUGAGCCUGAUGAUGACUCAGCAGAAGGAUGCCCCUCCCCGCCCUCUCACCGCGCUGAGUUACCACCAAGUCGAUACCACACCACCACCAAAACCAUCCGCCGAAACACUCACAGAGUUCGACCAACUCUUCCUACGUUUCUUUUUGAGGAUCAGCUACCUGAACACCCGUCAUCCCCAACAAACACACACUCUCCCACAAACACACACUCCCCAACAAACACACACUCCCCAACAAACACACACUCCCCAACAAACACACACUCUCCAACAAACACAAACUCUCCAACAAACACCCCCACCCUGCCUGUCAGUCAGUGGAGACAAGCUGAUUGGCUGCUGCGAGAUUCUCCGUACUCAGAGGGCGUGGCUGAGCACAAACGAGGCGCGACUUGUUGGGACUGCCUGCGUUUCCAUGGAGACGACAGUGGUGACCUGCCGUUUGUACCUGUCGCUCCCUCUCAGGGUCUCACCUCAGCAGACGACCUGUCGUCAUGUGACCUCACCCGUCUCGGCUUCAUCUCUCACAUCGAGCUCUCCACCUUCCUGCUCGCUCUGGGCGUCCAAACCAAACGCACCCGCCCGCCGCGCCGCAGGACCCAGGACAGCGGUGUGUUCGGUGUUCCUCUGAACUCGCUGUUGGAGAACGACAGGAAGAAGUUUCCUGGAGUCAAAGUUCCUGUCGUCUUCCAGAAUUUGUUGUGUAUUUUAGAGCAGACCGGCCUGCAGACUGAAGGAAUUCUCAGAGUACCAGGAUCAGCUGCUAGACUGAAGUACCUGCGCAGAGAGUUAGACAGGUGUUGUGGAGGGUUCGACUGGUCUGCAGUCAGACAGGUGGACGCUGCCGGUCUGCUGAAGCUUUUCAUCAGAGAGCUGCCAACACCUCUGCUGACACACACACACCUGUCCACCUACCGCUGUGUGCUGGGUAUUUCCUCUGUGGUCCAUCAGGUUCAGGCUCUGCAGCUGCUGCUGUUGUUGCUUCCUGAAGCUAACAGAGACACACUCAGAGCCCUGCUGGUCUUCCUUCAUAAGGUGGUCUCUCAUCAGAAGCAAAACAGGAUGUCUUUGUGGAAUGUCUCCAUGGUAAUGGCGCCCAACCUGUUCACCUGCUGUCACCAUGGAAACAAGCGCUCCAUCGCCAAGCAACGGGAGGAGAUGGAAGAGGCGGUGGGUGGAGCUCACCUGGUCCGCCUGAUGAUCACACACCAGGACCUGCUGUGGACCGUUCCCAGCUUCCUGCUGUCUCAGUUGAGACAGAUGAACCAGGCGUCCAAUCAGAAACAGCUCGGCUUGACGAAAAGACUACUGCUGAGGAGGAAGAAUGACAAGAACGACAGAAACCAGAUCACAGAGCUGUGUGAAGGUGUGAUCAAGGUUCACGCCCCUCUGCACACCAAGGUCUCCAUGGCGAUACAGCUCGAUGGACAGACAAGAGCCAAAGACGUCACUGCCCGCUUUGAGUGUGACAACAGUCCUGUUCAGCGUCUGUAUGAAGUCGGAGGAAACAUCAGUGAGCGUCGUCUCCAUCCAGACUGUUUGCUGUUGGACGUUUACCGAGUGAAUCCUCACUGUGAUUGGCUGAUCAAACCGUGACACACAGACUGCCUCACCACCUGUCUCACAACAUUUCUUAUGUUUCACCUCCAGUCUCAACUUGCCUUACCGUCUGUGUCUCACCUGCUGUCCACACUGUCCCACAACUGGUUCCACCGUCUCAUCCCGUCAAGUCAGCUUUAUUUAUACAGCCCAAUAAAUUUGCCUCAAGGAGCUUCACAUUCUGAACAGCAAAUGACCCAAUGUCUUUUUUGGGUGGGGGGAGACAGAGAGAGACAGACAGAGAGAGAGACAGACAGACCAGAGAGAGACAGACAGAGAGACAGACAGAGAGACAAGUCCGAGAGACAGACAGAUACAGACAGAGAGACA